UGUGUGUGUGUGUGUGUGUACGGUUUAGUUGUAUUAACUUAAUUGUGUUUUUUUAUGAUAAACAAUGUCCGCGCACUGUUAUCUAAAUCGAUAGACAUUUUUUACUGAAUAAAAUAUGAAAACCAGCUCUAUCCAUUCAUCUCCUAAACACUUGACAAGAAAGCAUGGUGCAUGCUUUGUAAAUUAAUUCCCUGAAACUUGGUAGUAGAAAAAAUUCUGAAUUUUAAUGUAAAGCACAGUUGAAUAGUGAGAUUUAUUUCAAAUGUGUUAAAUAAUUGUGCAUACUCGUGCCCUGUCUCAGAAUCGCCACUAAGGUGUUAUUGGACCGCAGUGCCCCCAAGGUUUCUUUAUUUUCUCCGCUGAAUUGUAUGAGUAGUUUGAGGAAGAGAACGAAAUGCGGAACGCAUGCGCCCUCUAGAGCGUGCGAAAUCGACGCAAGAUAAAGGUCUACAUUUGCGCGAGAGCCCGCUGUUCUCGCUACCUGUUGGUUGGAUUCGUCGUGACGUAAACGGAUGUUUAAACUGUCGCAUUUCCUCGUUGCCACGCAGUAACCGGGUUUAUGGGUUUAUUUCAGACUAUAUCAGGAUAGUGUCUCGGGGCCGGGUUUCAUUUGUCGCGUCGCGCGUCUCUGGUGUCUGCUUUACGUUUGCUGGCAUGUCAGAAGGCUCCGCUAGCGUCUUGUGUCAGGUCUCGGCAGCGAUGAAACCGCAGGUGGUGUUCGUGUUGGGGGGUCCCGGAGCGGGGAAGGGCACUCAGUGUGCCAAAAUCGUUCAGAAUUACAACUACACCCACCUAUCGGCCGGGGACCUUCUGCGGGAGGAGAGGAUCCGUGAGGGGUCAGAGUGUGGCCAGCUGAUCGAUAGCUAUAUCAAGGAAGGCAAGAUCGUACCCGUGGAGAUCACCAUCACCCUACUGAAGCAGGCUAUGGAGAAGAUCAUGCAGCAAGACCAAGAGAAGUACAACUUCCUGAUUGAUGGCUUUCCCCGUAAUGAGAGCAACCUACAGGGCUGGAACAAGGACAUGGAGGGCAAGGCAGACGUCAGAUUCAUUCUGUUCUUUGACUGCAGCAAUGAGGUGUGUGUCAGCAGGUGUUUGGAGCGUGGGAAGAACAGCGGGCGCACAGAUGACAACAGGGAGAGUCUAGAAAAACGUAUCCAGACGUACCUGACGUCUACGCGGCCAAUCAUUAACCAGUACUUAAAGCAGAGGAGGGUGCGAACGGUGGACGCUUCUCGCAGCGUGGAGGAGGCGAGUGCCGCCGUGCCUUGUGAAUCCACGACUCUCCAAACCGCCGUCGAUCCUGAAGUCUUCCAUCUGUCCUCCCUCAGGUGUUCGCUGACGUGAAGAGAAUCUUCGAAAUGGAGGGGUAGAUGCUCUCAUCAUCCUAUUGCCCCACACCGCACAUUGACUCGCAUCCCUCUGUGGGAUGCGUGGGGCAAGUGGUGCUGUGAUGCGUGUGCGUGUGUAUGAGUGCGUGUGUGUCCGUGUGUGGUGCUGUGUUGCGUGUGCGUGUGUAUGAGUGCGUGUGUGUCCGUGUGGUGCCUGCAUGUACACUAUGCUCUUUCUCUGCUAUGAGAACAUUGCCCUGCCUUGUCCUGCCUGGGCACCUAUACCAAAAAACCAGCUUCCCUUUAGAAUUUAAACAUUGUAGACUUUGUUGUAGAUCAGCCUGGCAUUUCUGAGACCAUGGGCUUCGGUAAUGACAGCGUCAGGGGCAGCUUAUAGAAAAUAGCAGAGUAUGUGUGUGUGUGUGUGUGUGUGUGUGUGCAUCACAUUAAAACUGGCAGCAUAUCAACUCUGCUUGACUGGCAGUAUAACGAGGAACCAAAUAUAAAACCAAGGGGCUUGACUUUGCCCGUCCUGCCUGCCUCCUGCUCCUGACAUCUCCUCUCUGACACUUCUUGCUGUCUGAUGAUCAUGGAGCAGAGCGGAUCGCCAACGUGCCAUCAGAAGAUUAAGGGCGUUUGCAUGCGCCUCUCUUGUGGAACUUGUGUAUUUAAAGCUGCUGUUGGACCCCUUUCCAGCCGUGGGUACCACUGUGCCCAGUUUCGGUGCCCGUCCACACCACACCUCCCUCCCACCGCACUGAACUGACCCCAAAUAGUUUUUUUUUUUUUUUUUUUAACGUUGCGUGAGUCUCUGUCAAAACCAUGGAAAAAAAAAAACAUUUGAGGAUGAACCAGUUUGUUAAACUUGAAUGUUUAUAUUUUUAAAUGAGGAAAAACUUAAAAGAAAUAUUUUCUGAAUGUGUAAAAUAUACCUUUUCCCUUC